CGGCAAAGCCUCCGGCAGCUGAAAGCAGUUCUUAGUUAGCGCAAAGCACACGAUACAAAGAUGAACAGCGUGGCAGAUUGGCUCGUGCUGAACAAGGACAAGAUCGAGAAAGGUGUGGAGAUCAUGGGGCAGGCCUCGGGGGUGCUCGCUGUCACCGUGGGCAAGCUCCACCCCGUCCUGGAGGCCGUGUUCAAGGGUAUAGCCGUGAUGCUCAAAAACCCGGAGAGCAAAGAGGCUCUCUACCUGAGCGAGCAGUUCAACCUGGUCAACCAGAAAAUCGCGGGAAUCCAAGGUGGCAUCGCCGAAAUGCAUCGGGAGAUGCUGAGGUCGUCCAUGAACAAGCAGAACUUUGAUUGGGAGGCGCAGAUUCUCAGCCAGUACGAAAGCUUCAAUGAUAUUAUCAACUCCGGGGCGGCGUUCAAGAAGAACGCAAUGGGAGCAUUCCUCAGCCACUACAAGCACACCAAAGCCGACCUCAACCUGAACGCCCUCUACAACGCCGUCGUCGGGGAGAGCGCCGCGGGGGACCCGCUGCUCGAAACAGUGGUGGCCACGGAGCAGAGGAGCAGGAGGGCGGUGGAGCUUUUCUGCGCCCGGCUGAAGAAGCUUUUUGUGGUCGGCAUCAUCGCCGUGAUGGGCCACUCCGCCCUCGAGGAAGGAGCGGUGGGGGAGGAGAUGGUGAAGAAGUGGCAGGGACGGAUGGAGGAGGUGGAGAAUCGAAUGAAAGCGGCUGUGGACGACUGUACAGAGAACUUUGCUGAUCAAGCCAAGCUGGACAUGGAGCGCCUGCUGCAGGAGGAUCCCGGCUCCGUCAACCUCGACUUCGCCAAAUCCCUCCUGGGGUCUCUCGUUGAGAAAUACGACUGGGUGAAGUGGUCCAUCAGGACCUUCAGGGUCAAGGAGCGCAUCUUCUUUUUCAACUGGCUGGCAGGAAAGAAGUGCCACGGAAGUGGAGGAGCCAACUGGUUCGAAAUUCUGACCAACAGGGAGAUCGUAGUGGUGGUCUCAUUUUGUGUUGACCCCAAGCCCAUUAACAAGAGUCAGAUCCAGGAGCAUAUUCGAGGUCAGAAGAUGAAGGGGAACAUGGUUGAAGUGGCUCAGGCUUUGAACAGGAGCUUCCCCGACUGCCUGGUCCAUGCUGUCAGUCAUUACAAGGAAGUGGUGGAGUCCAACAACUUCCACGAGGAUAGUUACUACUAUGGCAAACACAAAAGAGCCUACCUGUGUAUCCACUCCGAGUAGAAAACCCUAAAGUGCAGCCCCACGCUUGAACAAAAAUGACCAGAGACAUUAAAUAUAGAAACUGAAUUAAUCAAUCAACUCUCUGUCUAUGCAUAAUCCCCUCUGUCUGGUUUCUGGUUUGUGAUUCAUUGUUUGGCUGGUUUUUUUUUUAAGCUUCCAGUUUAUUAUUGACAUUUGAAAGCCAUGGAAAAAGAAAGUAAUUGUACUACUGUUUGUGACGUCUAAAAGAAACUAGCCCUGUCUAACAUGUCUGUCUGUGAUACGUGAGGCUACAGUCAGGAGCUCAUUAGCAUGGAGACUUGAAACAGGAAGUUUUCAAAAGUCCAUUUGCAAGCUAUUCUCUGGCCCUUGAGGUUUUUUUUUUAAUUUCAUUUCAGAGAAUAUUAACAGUUAAAUAUAGACUAUCAAAAAAAGAAAGAAUGGAAACGGGUUAUGUUGAUAUUGCUCAGUCCAAGACACGUGUGUUUAGAUCAAUUUGAAUAUUCUUGCUGCUUUUGGUGCAAUGGGUUGCUGCAGGGUGGACGGCCAAAAUCCUUAAUCGACAAUCAAUUUUGUCAAGAUACUUAUGUAUUCACUCUGAUUUGUAAUAAACAUGAAAAACAUGAACGGUUUUAUCAUCCUUUUUGUCCAUCAUUACUCUGUCAAUGAUCUCUUUGAGAUCGUAGAUGAUACACGCUGCACUGUUGUAUCGUCUUACUUUUUACCAAAUACUUCUUACUUGUUUUCAUCCAGGUGCCUCAAUUUUAAUUUGAUCGAAGACGUUGUGAAAACGAAACCUGCUUUUCCUGACGUUCAAGUGAAACGUAUGAAGCAUCACACGGUGAUUAUCUCGGGCCCAGACAAGCCGCUGUUUGUGGCCUCCGGCGAUAUCCCACAAUCAAACAUCGUUUUUUCCUUUGACAGCUCAGCUUUUUUUAUUUUCCCACGGAAGGCAAAUCCAGCACG